GUAGUUGAGUCAUUCAAAUUGUUUGUGCGCGGUAGCUGAAAUCAACUUCUGAUUUCGUGGAGAUUUACAUCUUACAACUUACAAGCUGGAUGCGAAAUCAAGAUAGAGUAUUCUGCUGACAGUUUCACUUUCAAUGAAUUCUAUGGAUAGAUAUUCAACAUAUGCUUCGACGUCAACUAGGAGACCAGAUGGAGUAGGUGGUCUGGCAUCGCCCUAUGGCAAAACUACAGGUACACUCGGAGGGAUGGACGGCAGGAUGCCAGGAGAUGAUAUUUCCUUCAACGUGGAGUCUGUAUCUUCAUACCAGGACUACCCAACAGCCAGGCCGCUCCUGGGGGAUCAGAUCGCCAGGAGGAAGCACCCAGAGCAGGUGCGAGCUGUCCCAGAAAGCAACAGCAGAGCGGUGGUGUCUGCAUUGAGGGGCUUGCAGGAAAAGAUCCGUAAGCUGGAGCUAGAGAGAGCCCAGGCAGAGACCAACCUGAAAUCCCUAUCCAAAGAAACCAGCCAGUACAGACAAACCUUACAGGAGCCUACAGCCACCAAGAGGAGAACGCAGAAGGAGACACAGACAGCUCGGGAUGUACAAGAGGUGCAGAGCCAACUAUCUGGUGCCGACCAGCGCAUACCGCUGCUUGAGAAACAGCUGGAGUACAUGCGGAGGAUGGUGCAGAGCGCUGAGAGUGAUCGGCAGGCUGCACUGAGGAUGGCUGAGGCGCGGAGAACGCAUGACACCCUCACCCAACGAGAGGAACUGCAGAGUCAAGAAGAGAAGCUUCGGAAGCUAGAGAGGGAGUACAACCGCUUAACAGAUAACCAAUCAGUUUCACAGAGUAAAAUCAGAGAUUUGGAAAACAGGCUCAAGGAAGAGAGAAGGCAAAGGAAAAUGCUCUUAGAUCGUGAAGCAGAGUUGAGGACUCUGGCAGAAACCAACCGCAUCCUACUAGCCACAGAACAGGCCACGGAGGAGCGAAGACCUAGGAAAGUGAAGAAGAAGAGGAGAAAGGUUCCACAGCCAACUUCUCCCAGGCCUCAUUGCACAGGGCAGAUCCCAUUUGUUGUAGGCAAGUCAACAACUCCCAGUCACUCUGUGAAUGCCAAUCUCCAGAACGUACUUGCCAUUCUGAAGACACACAACACAGCGUGGUGUGGCAACGGACCUCUCGCACCUCACCGACCUCAGAGUGCAAAGGUCAAAAGGUCAGCAUCGGUGUCGUCAUCUGCCGGCAGUGACCUAUCCGACCUCGUACUUGGACUCCAGGAAGAGUUUGCCCUAAUGGGACUGGAGCACCAAGAUCUUGCCAAGCAGAUCCGUGAGUCAGAAGACCCUCUCAUCAGGGAGGAUCUAGAGAGGGAGCUUGAUAACCUGGUCUUCAAGAUGGAGGCCAAGGGAGACCAGAUUGCUAAACUCAAGAAACAUAAACAACAGCUUUCUGGAAAGCCAAAAAAGACAAAAGCCCCCAAAGUACAGAAGACCAAGCCUAGAUCAAUAGGAACAAGACAUUCAUCUGACCCUUCCAAUUCAAACGGAGCGGAGGUGCAGGUCAUCACCACGGUGAAGACCAAAGGUAGAGGGGCGGGGCCUAUCCAUGUGUCAAACGGCGAUUCCAAACGAAACCUACAAAUGCUGCGGGAUAUGCAAGUGCUGCAGACAUCAUUACGCAAAGACGAUGUCAGCUGGGAUUAAAAAAGAGCAGGGCCCCGUCUUACAAAGAGUUGCACAUGAUCCAAUCAAACGCAACUUAUGGAAAGCCAUGAAAGUCAACAUAAAAAAUAUUUAUAUUUUUUUUAAAUUCUAGAUAUUAAUGUAUAUCCAUAAAUUCAUUGAUUUCUUGACAAUUUGGCGUGUUCUCUUUCGUUUACAAAGGACAUUUUGCAAAUUUCCUGUAGAAAAAAUUAUGACACUAAUGGAUUUCCAUAGAGAAAUGAUCGAUUGGAUCAAUUGUAACUUUUUGUAAGACGGGGUCCAGGUCUCAAAUGUUUGGGAAUAAACUUCAACUAUGGAAAGCCUGCAGUGUCCUAAUUUAUUGUAUAAAUGGCUUGUGCGCUGUCCCUUUUAACUACACCAAAAAUGGCACUGUUUUAUUUGAUGACACAUGCACAAUCCUUCAGAGUAUUGUGACCUAACAUGUGUAAGAUGAUGAAUUAUGAUAUUGCUAGCUUUCCGUAGAUAAGAUUAAUUUCAAUUUGAUGACAUAUAUAAACAUUCCUUUUAUAGAGCAUCAUGCUCUAACAUAAGUAUGUGAGAUAAUGAACUAUGGAGCUCAUGACUUUCCAUAGAUAUUGAGAGUAAAUGUAAUCUGAUGAUGCCUUUUAGAGCAUCAUGCAAUAAGAUAAAUUUGUGAGAUAAUGAAGUACGGUGCUGUCAACUUUCCAUAGUUAAGCUUUAUUAUAAUCUGACACAUUGCUUUAGAGCAUCAUGCCCUUUCAAGACAAUGAAUUAUUGUGCUGCUGGCUUUCCAUAAUUACAUUUGAUCUGAAUCAACCACAUUCUUGUGUGUAGCACAUGGAGCAUGUUAGCACAUGGAGCCAUCAAGUUUUUAAUAAUUCCCAUGGAAUUCUAAAGGAUAUCACAGUGCUACCAAUUCCUACAAGAAGUCUUGAACUUGCCGAGUUGUGAAGUUAUAAAUAUUGGAACAUAAAAUAUUUAAAGUAAAAGCUUCAAAUUGUGACCUUGUUAUUGAAUCAUGGAAAAUCAUUGGUCAUACAUGUUCAUGUAAUUCACAGUAGAGGUACCAAGGUAACGGGCAAUUAUAGAGUGAUACAACGGAAAUAUGUCAUCUUAGGAACUUUUCACUAGUGUGAGGUAUCACUCAUUUAUUACUACUUCAAAACAAAUCAGUCAAAACAAUUUCACCAUUGCUGAAAGUUAUUAUUAUAUAAAGUGAAAUUUGAUUUACGAUGCCGAUUUGUCAAGCCAUUCAAUACCUCACAUUUAUAUUUUGUAGAGUGCAAUUCUGCUGCUCUCAGAUGCACUCUUGCAUAAAACAAAGAUACAUGAAAGUUCAUUCUGGUAUUUCAAAUUCAAAUGACCAACUCUCAUCCUCAAAUGAAGAGAAAAACAUAUAACGCAGACCUGCCAACCUCUGGGAAUGAAAAAUUGUAUUCUGUGUUUAAAAAAGUGUAUUUUUCCUCUCAAAAGUGUAUUUCAUGCGUAUAGCGCACUCGCUCAUCGCGGCGCUCAAGCUGCAUGCAAGCUAAAAUGUGCACUGCUCUUGCAGAAAAAACAACAACAUUUAAACAUGUGUAUAUCUCACCCUGGUUUUAACAAAAUGAUUGAAAAAAAAACAAGUUACCGGAAAUUACAUUGAUCUAAUAACCAUAUUUGUGUAAGUUUUAUGAAAUAGAGACAUUAUAGAGAUGAUUUUUUUUUUUUACAAAAAACAUAUUUUUUAAAGAAAAAACGUACUGCCGUAUUUUGGUUGCAAAAACGUACUAAAUACGCCCAAAAUGUACUGGUUGGCAGGUCUGAUAACGUAUUACACAUGUGUUGAAUAUAAAUUUUGUUGGAACUAAAUCAAUAGACUCCACACUUGGCAAUAAAAUCUGUGGUCUAAUUUGUUUCUGAAUAUUAAUAUGCACUAAUGCAUAAUUCAUAUUCUCUAUAUUAGUACAUGUACUAUUUCCAAAAAGUAAUUUAUUGAACUCGUACUGCACUGUGUACUUUUCUGUUGCUGGAUUUAUGUACAAAUUUGAAAUGUUUAUUGAUGCACAAAGCAGGCGGCUGCAAAUGUAUAUUGUUUAUGUUUAAAUGGCUUGAUUAUAAUUUAUUUCUUCCAAUUUAACAAUGUGUGUUCAACAAAUAUAUCACGAGUACAUGUAUGUACUGUAUCUAAUGUUAUUGAAGGUUGCCAAAUUAUUUUGUAUAUAUGGGAAAUGUGGAUAAUUAAUAUUCAUUCUUUAUCUUUUUAGUAUUCGCUCAGUAUUCAAUAGAAAAGCCAAAAUGAUGGAUAUUUCGACUGAUUUCUCUCUCCGACUAACUGAAAUUUAUAAUUAGAACCUUUCCUAUAUCUAUGGACAAUUUGGUAUGUCUGGUUAGUCUAAAAUGAUAGUGGUUGCAGAGGGAUGGGGAAGUAUGUCUGUUGUUAAUAUACUUUAGUCAUUUGGGUGAAAAACACGAUUUAAUUAACCCCAAUCAGACUGGGAGUGUGAUCAGAAGUUCCACACACGUGUUGGUAAAAACAUAGAGCAUUCACCAUUGUGUUUAAUGUCCUUUUGGAACUCACAUGAUUUAGACUAAAUUCAAGUGUUGGCAGGACCAUACCCGAAUUUGCAUAGCUAAUAUAACCUAGGGCCUGGUUGCAGAAAGACUCACAAUCAAAGCCAACUUGAUUUUCGACCAAUUAGAAGCAUGCAUUUAUGAUUUUGUUUAAGUUCAAUUUGAAUGCAAUUCUUUCUGCAACCGACCCCAGAGCUGAUUAUGGUCAACUGGAAAUGUUUGAAAUUGGCCGUCGUGUUUGACAAACUACUGAUGACCCACCGACACCAUUCAUGUUAUCAGAACAAUCAAAUUUUGAAUUAAUGUGAAUGGUCGCUACCUGCAUGGUCUCUAUAUUUGGGACGGGGCAAAACUGUUGCAUCUUAUUUUUAUUUGUCAUGACAAAUGUGAGGGCACUCUCAUUUGAUAUUGUUUAAGGAAUUUAACUCUUGAUCGGCACACAGGCUGAAAAUGUGUUGUGGGAAAGAAAACUAAGAGGUGGGAAUAUUUUGACAGUGGAAAACAAGGGCUGCAGUUAUACUGCAUUCAAUUGAGCAGUCUUCCAAUCGACAUGAAAAGUGGAUUCAUUAAAAAAAGAAUUCUCUCAACUUCGAGAUGCAAGGUUCGGUUACCCCAGCUACAACAUUCCAUUUCAGUGUUAUAGCUACAGUGGACGGCAGUCGUCGGGCCUAACCGGCACAGAAGAUUUCGGACCACCACUCGUCAUGAAAAACACUGCUUCCGUCCACCACUAUUUUUAAAUGAAAAGUGUUUCAAAACUAACUCCUUGCAAAGAGGAAUUGCACUUGCAUUCAUUUCCAUCUUUAAUCUUGUUUUAUUUGCAUAAUUUACAUUGUAUAUUCUUAUAUUUGAUAAAUAUUAGUUCUUUUUAAAAGAUUGGCUAAUGACAUGUCUAAUUGUGAUUACGUUGAUGUUCCUUCAUUUUUGGCUGUAAGACCGCUAAAUCGGCCUGAAAAAAAUUUGUAAUGCCGAGAAAUAGUGACCAUCACUAAAAUGGGUUAGCUAGGACACUGGUUGCCAUGAUGAAAUUAAUAAUGAAAUGAAAGAUACAUCAGUUUUCUGAAUAUUGCCAAGAUUCUGACUUUGGUGCAUUUGUGAAUGUGGAAAUACAUUUUAUCAAACAUAUUUUAUAAAGGGAGAAGUAUUUAGUCUGGUGCACACACAGAGAUAUCACAAACUGGAUUGGAUGAUAUUUGUAAUUUGUAAAUAAAGUAUAUUUAUUUUCAUUGAUCCUACCAUUUAUCAAUCAACAUACAAUAAACAAGAUAAAUAAAAUCUGUUUUCAGUACUUAUUA